ACGGACCGUUGCCUUGGCAACGCAAACAAAAACAAACCUUUUUUCCAUUGCAAAACGGAAAACAGCUCAUUUCAGUUGGAUUCAAGGUUGUGUGGCACAGGGACACUUUUUUUCCUGUAAAAAAAAUGGACUGGAAACAUCUUUUAUCGUUAUCUCCGCACAAUUUAGACGACGUGCGCAAAGAUGGCGCAGCGCUAGAAAUUGCAAACCUCUCCACCGACAUCAAGCUGGACAGCAAAAGUAGCAAAAAGUUGUUCCGUUUGGCACAAGUGGCGUUGGCGUUCCGAAACGAACAGGUGAGACAGCUGAAGCAAACGCUUGUCGAAGGUAAGGACGAUUACGGCAGUCAAGAGCGGUUGAAGGAAUGGAAAAGAACGAUCGAAAAACUGGAGCUGGAGCGCCACACCCUUCGGACGAAGCUCAAGGACGUCACGGAGGAAAACUCCAAACUGCAGGCCAAACUUGCCGAAGGACUUCAUGUCGGUGGUAGCGAGGGGGAAGACUCGCCCGAUGCCUUAUCGGAGAUCGAGCGUCAGCAGGAGCUGUACAACAACAUCAGCAUGAAGAACAAGCACAUUAAGCGUCUGCUUCGCGAUAUUGAUGAUUUGGAGAAGCGAAACAGCUUCCAGGUGGACACGAUAAAUGGGCUGCAGGUUAGCUUGAACGAUGCCACGCUCAACAUCACCGCCCUGACGCACCAAUUCGAAGAGCUACAGGCACGUGCCAAAGAGCAACAAGAUUUGAAUGCGAAAUUGAAUGAAAAGCUCCAGCAAAUGGAGGGAGAAAUUUUGAACGUUUGCGACGAGAAGGAACACCUGCUGGUGGAGCUUACCCAGGCAAAUAAGCUGCACGCGGAUCAGGUCGCUGAAUGGGAGGCUCAGUUCGACAGGCGGGAGCUGGAACUGAACGAGCUGAAGGAUCGCUACGAUGAGCUGCUGAGCCAAUUCCCGGGCAUCGAUAUCGAAGCGGAACGGCGCGAGUACAAGCUCAUGAUGGAACGGCUCGAGGAGAAGGACGAAAUAAUCGUUGAUUUGGAGCAAAAGAUUUUAACCCUUUCGAAGGAAAUGCAUCGCUCGACGGAAGUGAUGAACCGGAUCAGUGAGGAGAAGGAGCGUGCGGGUCAGGAAAGGGCACAGGAAAGCCACUGCUGUCAAGAGUAUCGGGCGCAGCUGGACAAAGCUAACGAACGGUGUCGCGAAAUGCAGGAGAUUCUGGCCGACGUUGAGGACGAUAAUCGGCUGAAGUCGCGCCAAGCCGUAGAAGCGAUCGAAGCGCUGCGACGGUACGAAAAUGGGGAAGAAGGUUUGGCCAGUGCGCUGAAGAAGGUGAACCGGCUGCAGGAAAAGGUAAACUCGCGGGACAAACAGAUUCGUCAGCUAAUUGCGGAGAUCAAUCUGGCGAACGAGAUUGCGAUUGAAAAUGGUGUGCUACGAAAACGAUUAGGAAUAGAUGAUGACGAGGUUGUCGCUACGAGCUCAAUACUGGCCAAACAGAAAAAGAUUGCCAAAGUGAACGAACGGUUGGCUUUAAAGCUGCGUGCGUCAGAAGAGAUGCGAUUGCAGCUCAAGCUGGAGAAAAAUGAUCUCAAACGACAAUUAGCGGCACUGGCUCAGACUGUAAAAAGGCAAGCAAAAGAAAGGAGUAGCGAGCAGGAUGCGGAUCAGCAACCAGCACCAUCUCCAUCAUCUCCUAGUGGUCAAAGUGUGGCAGAAGUGGAUGGUAUCGAUUCCCCCAUUAGUGACGUGAAUGCCGUCAAGUUUUGUGAGAAAUGCUUGAAACAGUACAACCUGAGCGAUAGUAUGAAACACUGCCGGGCGUGCAUUUUCCGCCACAGCUUUAACUACUGCGACAGGUGCGUUGGACAGCUGAAAAUGAACUUCGAUGACGAUCGUGAGAAAGGUGCGCCACCACACGCGAAUGUUAACGAUUCCAGCUACCAACGAAUAGUGGAGCUGGAAAAACAAUACAUCACUGUGCUGGAGGAAAAUGAAAAUCUACGCGACGGAAUGCACGACAUUUUGGAAAAGCUCCGCGAGUACGACGCCAUGUCGGAUCGGCUUACGAUCGAUAAGGACACGCUGGAGAAGCUGCUGGCCGUGCUCAGUGUAAGACCCGCGUUCGCUUGGCAUGGUGGCAUGCGACUGCAGAGCGAUCUGCUGGCAGCUAGGGAGCGAGAGCUGCUACUGAAGGAACGCUUGACCAUCGUAGAUCCGGACGCAAGUGGGCGAAAAAGCAAGAGCGUCCAGUCGACGGAAAGUGUGAACGAUUCGGGCAAUGUUUGCAACGAGGACGAUAAUUCCGAAUCCAUCGAUCGAAUUGAGCCGGAGCAGCUAGACUUUAGCGAACAGGUUCUGCUGAAAGCGGUUGAAAUUGACCGCUUGACGGAACGGAACGAGCAGCUUAGAGUGGAAAACGAACGACUCCUGUCCGUGCAGGACGAAUUGCAGGUAACGCAAAAGCUGUACAACGAAAUGCUACACAUUACCCGUGCGUCUGACAGCGAAAAGGAUCGUCUGCUCGUCCAGACCGUCGAUCGGCUGAAGGACAUCGAGUCGGGCGUUUGCACACUGCAGCGAAAGGUAGACUUCCUUAAAGCGGACAACGAUAAUCUGCACAACUCGUUGCGUCAGAUCAAGAGUGAGUACUUAAAUUUGUUGCACGAUUUACGGCUGGAGCUGGCCAAAAAGAGUGGCGAAGUGAAGCAAAUGCAGCGUGUGGCUGGUGGGGAAAAGGAGGAUUCAUUCGACUCGACGGAUUGUAGCUCGGAUCAGGUUGAAAAGUUGGAAAGCGAGCUUACGCGUAUGAGGCACGAGGCGACCAACCUUUACAACAUAUUUUUGAAGAACAUCCAGGAGGUCGAUAAGGAUCAGCUGCUGGACGUAGAUUACGGAAAAGUAAAUCAACUGUCCAUAGUGGACAAUAGCCUGACGGUAGAGUUCGUGACCAAGGAAGAGUACAAACGGCUGAAGGAUCGGCUGGCCGGUUUGGAGCGUGAGUUGAACCGUGAGCUGGUAAGAAAUGGCCAUCUGGAGGAAUUGCUAACAGUAUCCAACGAACAAAUACGAUCGCAACAGUCGCUCAUCUCAAAGUAUUCGGAGGAAGAGGUGAGCCUGCGCCAUCUCGUGGUGGAUCUGCAGAGCGAAUCGAAUGAAAAGUAUUUAUUAGCCCGUACAAACAAAGAGUUGGAGCUCGUACGCGAGCAGGAGGAAAAUUUGAAGCUGGAGUGUAGCAAAAUGAAGCAAAAACUCUUGCAGAAAAUGGAGGAACUGGACAACCUCAAGCAGCGGUACGAUCAACAGGAGCGGGAAUUUAGGGCCCAACAAAAGGAUGACAAGCUUAAAAUAAGAUAUCUGAAGAAAAGCUUACAGCUCCUGGCAAGGGAUUACCACUCAUACCUGCCAACGUUUGCCAUCCCCGAGUUUAUCAAGAUGUACACGAAGGUGUUGGAGCUGCGUGGAAGUUUAGAGGAGGAGCAAAGGAAACAUCAGAAGGAAAGAAGGGACGAAGAGUACGAGCGAAUAUUUGCCAAACUGAAGGAAAAUGUUGAAGGAAACCACAUACAGGAUAAGAUUAAUUUGAUAAAGUUCGAAAGUCAAAGUGAGUAUUUGACAAAGCAGUUGAUACUGUGCCAGGACCAGGCAGGUCAGUUGCAGCGAGAAAACCAACAGUUACGAAUGAAGGAGAUCGACAGCACCAGACACUGGGACACGCUCGAGCUACUGUUCGGUGACGAGGCUCAACGGUUGCGCAAGGAUCGGGACAAAUACUUCGAUAAAGCAGUGCAAGUAACAGUGGAAACAUCAUCCAAGUGCAUCAACACGAUUCCGAUCAUCGAUGAUUCGGCAUUCGGCGAAGCGCCUAGGAGAUGCUCAUCCGGUGAUACAAUCAACGAUUACGAAGAUAGAAGUGAACAAAAUUUAACCGGAACACUGGCAGACGAUGACGCGCAGACGGCGAAACCCGUUCAAACGGUAGCUCAAAAAUCGCUCGAAUCGCAACUGAAACAGGCGAUGAUGUUGGCCUCUACUCGAAGUGCGCUGCUGCUGGAAGCCGAAAGUCGACUGUCCGAGUGUCAGGGACGGAUAAGGCUGUUGGAAAAGUCGCUGGAAGAGAAAGAUGGUCUGAUCCGACAGCAGACACAGUCACCCAGCGUUGUAAAGCAAGAUCGCGUGGAGGAUAGUAUUCUUAGUUCGACUAUAGGUUCGCUGCAGAAUCUACUGCUGGAAAAGGAUACCACGCUGUCCAGGUACCAGGAGCUGCUAAAAUCCGAACGCAACGAACAUUCGCAGGUGUACGACGAAAAUAUGGCGCAAAUACGAAGUCUUAAGAAAACGAUCGACGAUUUGGAGCAGAAGCUGUACGAGAAGCAGAAGGAGUGCGACAACAUCUCCACCCAGCUCAGUGACCUGCAUCGGCUUAAGGCACUGCAGGAGAGUGCUCCGGAAAAGCCGAAACCGGUGGAAGCGGAGGCAGCCGCCUCGACUGCCGGCGCCGGUGGUGGUGCGCUACUUUACACGGACAACAUCAUUGAAAACAUUUACGAGAUUGACGAAAAGAAGGAGCGCGAAAUACAAGAUCUUACCAUGCAGGUGAAGCUGCUCGAAGGUAACGUGCGGGAGCUCGAGAACGAACAGAAGCGCCUACAGUUACAGCUGCGAGAGGCGAAUGCUCGCGAGAAAAGGUGCGAGAAAACGUUACGCGAGAAGGACAUGGAGCUGGCCGCGGUAAACGAUCGGCUGGCGAAGGAAUCGAACGAUCUGCGCGAGUUUACCGAAACGAUCGCCACCGCCCAGGAGAUUGAGCAGCUGAAGGAGAUGCUCGAGGAGAAGGAUCGGCACAUACAAGAUCUGACCGAAACGCUGUCCCAGUUUCACGAGGAUCAGCGUAGCUUUAUGAACGAUACCUCGCUACACUCUGCCGAACAGGUGUCGCAGCUCAGUGCUGACCUGAACCGUAGCGAGGCCAGCAACCGGGUGCUGAAGACACAGAUCGAAGCCCUCAAGCGACAGAUCGUUAGUAUACAGCAGCGCGAGAAGCAAUCGCGUGAUCUCGUGAAAACGCUCAAAAAUCAACUGAUCAAACGUCCGGUCAUUGCGAUGAAAGCGGACCGUAUGCCUACGCCGCGAGAGGAUCAGCUUGCGCGCCGUGUACAGCUGUUGGAAGCGGAGCUGCUCGAUACGAAAGACGAGCUGCGGAAGCAAACGGCGAUCAAUGAAAACCGUCGGGCGAAAACGGCGGCCGAACUGGACCUGUGGAACAAGCAGAAACGCUGGCAGCAGAUGGCGGAACGGUUGAAGGUGCAGCUGAAGGAGCGGGAAGUGGAGUUGGAAAAGGUGAAGGUUCAUUUUAACACUGCCAAAACGACGAUCGCCCGGUUGGAGCGUGAUCGAACGCGGCUGAACAGUGGCGGUGCGGGAGCGAGUGGAUCCGCGACGCUGCUGGACAAUAAAUAUCAACCGUCGGGAUCGCCGGAUCAGUACUGCAGCACGGAUAGUACGGUUUCGGAGGACACCAGCACGACCACGGCACAGAUGUUUACCCAAAACGGUAAAGAGAUCAUCGAUGCGCUCAAGAGCCGCAUCGAGUCGCAACAGCGGCGGAUUAUUGCGAUGGAGCUGGAUAGGAAGGGUUCCAAUACGGUUGCACACGAGCUGGAGAAGAUGCAGGAAAAGCUGUGCACCAUGGAGGCGCAGAACGUGCGGCUGGAAGCUAAAACACUGCAGCUGCAGCUCGACAACGACAUGCUGCGUCAGAGCGAUGAAUCGGAGCGAUUGAAACGGCAGAUCAAGCAUCUGGAAGAGUACGUUAUCGCUCUGAAGGAAGAAAUCGCCAAAGCGACGGCUGGAUGCCCAGAGUCUAUCAACUUCGAGAAUCUGUGCGUUCGAUGCAGCCGACGCGGUGGCGGUUCGAAUGAUCUAGCCGAACGUAAUGCUAAUCUCGAGCAAACCGUCCUCACGCUGAAGCGUAUGAUCGAAAAGCUUCGGGCCGAGAACAAACAUCUCAAAGACCAUCGUAAUAGAGAGCGGACGGUCAGCGCGGAAUCUCUCACCAACCCACCGCAUGAAACGAUUGCCAAGGAGCUGUACGAUCGGCUCAAAAAGGAGCACGAAAAACUACAGCAAAGCCUCACGGAAGCCCUCAACAAACUGUCAGUACAGCAGGUGGAAAUCGAGCUUUUGUCGAGCGUUACGUGCACACGGUGUAAGGUACGGUGCAGUGGGGAGACAAAUCGCGCCGAUCCGGCGGACACCGACGAAGCGUUACGAGACAAGCUGGAGAAGAAAAGUCAGCUGCUGGAAAAGGCUAAAAUUUUGCUGCAACGUGCAGCGGCAAAGGAGCGAUACCUGAAGGAGCAAAUCGAUCUGUUACGGCGCAAGUGUUCCGAUUUGCAGAAUGUGCCCGUUAUAGACGAAAUAAGCGAAUAAAAGAGGGCAGGUCGUGAUAUUUUUCGUUCAAGGUAAUACAUCGUCUAUUUGCAAGACAGUGUGCUGCUUGUUCAGUAAGGAAUAGUGUGUAAGGUUAACGGAACAAUUUAAAAUCGUAAAAUAAUAUACAUGUAAACAGAACAGAU